AUGGGACUAACUUCUAAGUUAGAAAAGCUCAAGCUUAAAGAUCAUGACCACGAGAAGCCAUUGGAAAACUCAACAACUACAACUACAUCUGCUGCUGACUCGGAUGAUAUUGAUGAAAUGGACAAUGAAGGGCAAUCAAUCUUAAUGGGAAUUAUUGCACAAUUGAGACCAGGAAUGGAUCUAUCAAAGAUCACACUUCCUACUUUCAUAUUAGAAAAGAAGUCAAUGCUUGAAAGAAUCACUAACUUUUUCCAGAUCCCAGAUCUAUUAAUUGCAGCCAAUCAUACAGAAGAUCCUUUACUUAGAUUUGUUAAUGUAUUAAGAUGGUACCUUGCCUCUUGGCAUAUAGCUCCAAAAGCCGUUAAAAAACCACUCAAUCCAGUACUUGGAGAAACUUUCACUUGCUAUUGGGAUGACCUUCCAGAAGGUGCUGGAUCAGCUUAUUAUAUAUCAGAGCAAACUUCUCAUCAUCCACCAAAAUCUUCCUAUUUUUAUCUAGUUCCUGAUGAAAAAAUUAGAGUUGAUGGUACCGUUGUUCCAAAAUCUAGAUUUUUAGGUAAUUCUUCUGCAGCUAUUAUGGAAGGAUGGGGUCAAGUAACUCUUGGUAAUUGGGGAGAUGAACAAUAUGUUAUGGAUCAGCCAAAUGUAUAUGUGAGAGGAAUAUUAUUUGGUAAAAUGAAAACCGAAUUGGGUGAUCAUAUGGUUGUUAGGUGUGAGGCAUCAGGAUUAGAAGCAGACAUAGAAUUUAAAACCAAAGGUUUCAUUAGUGGUACAUACGAUGCAAUUGAAGGUCAUAUUAAAGAUAGCGCAACCUCGGAAGAAUUGUAUCACAUUACUGGUAAAUGGAAUGAUAUUAUUGAUAUAAAAAAUAUUAAGACUGGUAAAAAGGAUGUUUUAAUUGAUACACACAAGACAAUUACAGUCAAACCAAAAGUUAGACCUUUAGAGGAGCAAUCUCCGUACGAAUCAAGAAAAUUAUGGAGACCAACUAUUGAAGCACUUUCACGUAGAGAUCAUGCAACUGCAACUGAAGAAAAAUAUAAAGUUGAGAAUGAACAACGUGAAAUGGCAAAGAAAAGAGCUGAAGAUGGUGUUGAAUUUCAUCCCAAAUUUUUUAAACUUGCUGAUCAUAAUGGGAAGAAUUCUAAAGAUUUGGAGUACAUUAUUUACAAAAACAUAAACUUAUCAGAAACUCCACAACAGUUAACUGAAGAUGUGUUAAGCAUAGCUCCUUUUAUACCUGGUCAAGUUUUUGAUGAAAAAUUCGAAAUUCCGGCUUUUAAAAAACAAUAA